AAUGAAAGAUUCGAUCUUUGCCUUUUAUUUUUCCUGAAGCGACCCGAUUUUGAUAGGACCAAUUGUGUGUUCGAUUUGGGUUUCGCGACGAUAACAAAGUGAAUUAGAUCCUCUCGAAAACCAGAAUCAGCGAGAAAGAAGUGUAUUAGCAAGCAGUAUUUAAAGUCUAUCUUUCCGUUUACAGCGAGAACCAUUGUCUUGUUAUGGAUAAGUUUUGCUUUUGAGUCUCCAAAUUCAUCCAAAUGUCGCAUAUUGUGUGUGCUUGAUGUGCCCUAGUGAAGGAGGAAGGUAAUCAUGGCAACGAUCAGGAAUCUAAAGAUCAAGACAUCUACAUGUAAGAGGAUUGUCAAAGAGCUACACUCCUACGAGAAGGAGGUCGAGAGAGAAGCUGCUAAGACAGCUGAUAUGAAGGAGAAAGGAGCCGACCCUUACGAUCUAAAACAACAGGAAAAUGUAUUGGCUGAGUCGAGGAUGAUGAUUCCGGAUUGCCACAGACGCUUGGAGGCAGCUUUAGCUGACUUGAAGGCAACUUUGGUGGAACUGGAAGAGGCAAACGAGAAGGAAUGCCCGGAAAUCGAAGAUGCAAAGAACACUGUCGCGGAUGUGGAGAAGCUCUUCCACACAGAAGACGCCUGAUUUAUCUGUUGUCAAGCGGCGCAAUUGCAAACGCUUUUUGUUGAUGGAUCGGUUGGUUUUCUGUUGUAAAGACCUGAUGAGUUCAGUCAUUGUAGCUAGUGGAAGUCAAGAAGAGGUUCUCUAUUACCUCUGUUUCUCGAUUCAAUCUCAUCUGUUAUCGACGCUAUCAAUGAACCGUCCGGUCCUUUCUCGAUGGCCGUUGUCCAGAUUGUCGAGUCCCUGUUCAUUCUCGGAGAGCAACCUUAUCUUACCAUUUCAGCUGGUUCUUUAAUGUUAUCCCAGAAGAAACAGCAUCUUCUACUCUUA